AUGGUCUUCGUCGUCCUCAUCACCGUUUGGCGCAAGCCGGGCAUGUCUCCCGAAGCCUUCUACGACCACUACGAGAACGUCCAUAUGCCGCUCAUCCGCCGUCUCGCCGGCGACAAGAUCCCUAUUAGCCACAACCGUCUCUACGUGACGCGCGAAGGACCCGACCUCAAGGAGCGGAUGGUCCAGGAGGCCGAGUGCGGCGAGGGCAUCAGCUACGACGCCGUCGCUGAGCUGAUCUUCGAGGACGAGGCCCACAACUUGGCGUACUGGAAGACGCUUUACGCGCCGGAGACGAACGGCGCCCUGACGGAGGACGAGUACAAAUUCAUGGACCGCUCGAAGCUUCGCAUCGUCGCCAUGAAGAACAAGGAGCUCAUGAUCCGCAACGAUUUCUUCCCCGGCAAAGACGACGUCAACAAGUACGGCUUCCUCCCGCACGGCAAGUUCAACUGA